AUGCAUCGACAACGGGUAUCUGAAUCAUUAUCCGCACUCGUCUUCUUCUUUUUCUUCUUCUGUUGUUAUCUCCCAUCUGUGUCAUCCUUUGGUCUCUUGAGCCGCCUUACUGCUGGUAGGACUGGUCGAUACACUGUCCAACCGUGGAAUCCCAAGCAACAACGAGGUCGUCAAGAUGAUGAAUUACGAUUGGUGACAGAUUUAUUCGUUGAUUCCUUUUGGAGGGGAAAAGUGGGAGGUGGAGCAAAAGAACUCACGGAAUCACAAAAUAAAACACUGCAAGCACAACAAUACGUUGAAUUCAAACGAAGGUACUCAACAACAGCACUCGCCUCCCAAUUGGUACUUUGCAAAGAUACUAAACAACAACAAAACAACAUUAUUGGAUGUGCAGGAGUACAAGUGGACGCCGUCACCAUCUUUGCCGAAGAAGAAGCACCCAAACAACCAUUAUUACUACCACUACUUGCCAUGAUCUUGCCCGACAAUAUUAUUAUUAAGAAUGCCAUUAAUAUUCCCGCAAAACCCACGGGACGAUGGGACACCAAAAUGAAAUAUGCCCCCGUCAUGAGCAACCUGGUCGUGUCACGGCACUACAGACGCCAGGGGAUUGCCGAACAAUUAGUGGCAGCGGUAGAAGAGGCAUGUCAACAAGACGAAUGGGGAUACGAUGAAUGUUUCUUGUAUGUGGAACAACGAAAUACACCGGCCGUCCGACUAUACCAAAAGUUGGGAUACAAGACAUUGUGGAAAGAUGAAACCGCAAAAACACUGUUGCCGACCAAAACGGGAAGUCUCGAAAGUACCCGCACCACCAUUGUUUGCAUGAGAAAACAGUUGUUGCCGCCACGUGUGACCAAUAACAACAACAAACAGACAAACAACAACAACAAGAACAAAAUGCUACCGUUUCUACCAUUCUAA